AUGCCUGCCCUACUAGAAGACCCCUCAUCCCACAACCCCCCACCCCAGGCACACAUCCAAGCAGCAAGCACACUACUCCCCCGUCACACAACCCUCCCCAAAUCUGCGUCCGCAGCUAUCACCUUGUACCCGAUCAGCAAUGGCCCUUCCAGCAUCCCCCAGGACUUAAUCAAGUACCUGCAUGCUGAGUUCAGCGCAGAAAUUGAGCGCGGCACCACCUACCCCAUGGAGCAGGCGUUGGGGCUCCAGCAGUUCGCAGAGUACUGGUUUGGUACCUUUGCGGUUGUGGCUAUUCUUGACGAUGAGGAUUCUGCUGCCAAUCCUGCUGGUGGGUUAAGGGAGGGGCGGGAUUGGGAGAAGGCUUGUUUGGGAACUUUUUAUAUCAAGCCCAAUUAUCCUGGCCGAUGCUCUCAUAUCUGUAACGCUGGCUUCAUCACAACCAACCUAGCUCGUGGUAAGGGUGUAGGCCACGCCAUGGGUGAGACCUAUUUGGAAUUUGCGCCGAAAUUGGGAUACAAGUACUCAGUCUUCAACCUCGUCUUCGCGAAUAACCCGGCUUCCAUUCGCAUUUGGGAGAAAUUAGGCUUCAAUGUUAUUGGGCGAGUGCCCAAGGCGGGGCGAUUGGAAAACAGCGAGGAGUUGGUUGAUGCCUUGAUUUUUGGACGGGAAUUGGGUAAUUAG